CCCAACCAAAACGCAACUUCGUCGAAAAGUGGCAGAUCCAUUUUUCUUCGUCGACGAACAACUAUUCCCCGCUUGGUCGUGCUCGCCUUCCACCGUUUUCAGCCCUUCGUGGUUGUUCUCCCGCAAAUAUUGAAGAAGGCAACACUUUUCAUGAUCAUAAAUUGCAUGGUGGAAUUGGAAGAUGAUAAAUUUCAAGAGUGUUAUCAUUGUCAUUCUUCCGUGGCUUGGAGGAGUUUCCUGAAUCAGUCGGCUUACUAAGGCAUCUUCAUUAGAGUAUCUGAACAAAAAUUAAAAGGGUAUGAUAUCAACCAUGCAUGUUUCAAAGAUUUCAGUGAGGGCAUCUGCGUAAUAUAGGGAAUUAGCAAUGGCGACCACUGCUUGUUUCAUCAUUGUUAGCAGAAAUGAUAUUCCUAUAUACGAAUCUGAAGUUGGGACUGCUACUAAAAGAGAAGAUGCUGCUCAGCUGCAUCAAUUUAUACUGCAUGCUGCUCUUGAUAUUGUCCAGGACCUUGCAUGGACUACGAGUGCUAUGUACUUGAAAUCAAUAGACAGAUUUAACGAUCUGGUGGUAUCGGUGUAUGUCACAGCUGGUCAUACCCGGUUCAUGUUGCUUCAUGACUCUCGGAAUGAUGAUGGCAUUAAGAGCUUUUUCCAGGAGGUGCAUGAGCUUUACAUAAAGAUUCUUCUUAAUCCCUUGUAUUUGCCUGGCUCUCGAAUCACAUCAUCACAUUUCGACACAAAAGUACGAGCCCUUGCACGAAAGUAUUUGUAGAAGCCACCAUUGAGCUAUUGUGGUCUAAGGAACAACUUGCAAAAUCAAGCCGCCUGAGUCGCACCAUGUUCAUUCUUCAUUUAAUUGAAAUAGUUGUAUUCACUAUUAUAUAUGAUUUGGCUGUAGGUAACCGAUGAUGGUAGUGUUCACUUUGGAUUGAGUGUAUGGUUUAAAGAUGUUAUUUGGUGGCUCCCAUUUGCAAUACAUGCUAAGUUCUAGUGUCUUAUACCUGUUGAUCCUCUUAUCCUAUGAGGAAACUAGGCAUUUUGUGAAUUGUGACCAAAGCAUCAACCCUUUAUCUUGUCUGGAUUGUAAACAAAAUUUUGGAUUCUUUUGCUUUUAAUAUUUGGUUAUUCGAUAA